AUGAAUGCGAAUGUCCCGAGGAAUAUACCGGCAUGUAUUGUCAACUACGAUCUGCAUUUUGCAAAGGCGAGGCAACUGAAGUCCUUUGAGUUGGGUACGGAUCUUUUUAUUGGUGGUCUACCACCAGGACUCCUCAUUCCAUCUGAUUUUCCAACCACUUCGUUCAAAGGGUGUCUCACUGAGAUAAAAAUUAGUGGAAGACAGCUAAACCUAAAUGAUUCGUCGCUGUUCUCUUCCGGAGACAUCUCUGAGUGCUCGAUUUCCACUCCUUCAAUAUCAUUAUUGACAAGUACGGAAGAACCAACUACUGUAACAACACCCACUACAGAGGAAUUCGAGUAUAUCUACGAAACAGAAAAGGAUUUAGAAGCUCCUGAGCCAGUUUUACCAACUGAGGACGAAAGUGGGAAGGGAAAAGAUAAAGCGGAAGAAGCCACCAUUACAGAAACUACUACACAAUUUAAAGAAUUGCCUACUGCGGAAGAAACACCAGCGUAUCAACUUUCUACCGAUGCACCAUGUUCUGGUGAUGAACCAGAUGAAGCUUGUAAUAUAACGAUUUGUGCAAACGAUGUAUGCGGACCAUAUGGGAAGUGCGUCCCAUUCAAUACUACGUAUUAUGAGUGCCAGUGUAAGCUCUACUAUGAUGGACCACGUUGCGAUGUGUGUAAGUUCUAUCCUAUCACUUACAGUCACAUUUCCCACUUUCUCAACGAGUUUCCGCAUCUAACAUCAGAAAAAGACGAAGUGGUUGAAUUGAAAUUCAAAACAAAGGAACCUAACGGAGUGCUCUUUUGGCAAGGACAACAACCUGGAACAUCGGUUGUUGGCGAAGAUUACUUCUCGGUUGGAUUACAUGAUGGACUUCUUCAUUUCUCUUACGAGCUAGGUGGUGGAGCUGCUCACAUGGUAUCUGACCAAAGAGAUGAGAAACGCGGAUUAAGCAGCGGUAUCCUUGCAAUGUUAAACGCAGAUGGAAAUGUAUUCAUAGGAGGUGUGCCUGACGUCCAAAGAGCUACGGGCGGCCUACAUCACAAAAAUUUUGUGGGAUGUGUAGCAGAUGUGGCGCUAAAUGGUGAAAUCCUUGAUCUUAUGGGAAACGCCAUAGAUGGAAAGAAUGUCAAACCAUGCGAUGGUUGGAUUGCUCCCAGAAAGCUUUUCAAAAGGCGAAGGUAA